GGGCUUCCCACUGGUCAUCAUUGGUAUAUUAUGUUUGGUCCGUAACCAUGUUGGCUCAAGCAAUUUGGGUUCGAGCCGUAGUUGAUCAAAUUUCAAUGUUGUUGCCUUGCGCGAUCGUAUGCGCAUACUUGGGUAUCCGUGGGGCUGCAUUCCACAAUCGUGUUGCGGCGCUUGUGCCUUGGCGGCUUGCUGUUUGGGUGUCGCCCUGCUCUGCAAUCUUGUUCACGCGGGGGAAGAAGAGUGCACUAGGCGCUUCGUUGGCAUGAGUCCAUCAGAUUGGGCGCUCUCCAAAAUUGUCUGGUGGCUCGUCCAACUCAUUGGCAUGCGGAAUUGGGUGCCGAUGCUGAAGUUGCUCCCAGGGUUCGAUGCCGUGCGAUUCGCGGCCCACCCGCACGGCUCGGAUGACUUGCGGCACAUCGCCCUCACGUUCGACGAUGCUGCCGGGUCCUCGGGCAUGGAGGAGCUGCUGGAGGUGCUUCGAGAGUUGGACGUCCAGGCCACUUUCUUCGCCAUCAUGAAUGCCUUCACGUUCGCUAGCACCGAUGUUCUGGCGGGGGCCGCGGCUGCAGGCCACGAGUUCGGCAACCACGGGGUCGGUUGGGAGACGAUGAUGGGCAUGACCCGCGGCGAGCUUAUGGCUGCCAUCGACACGUGGGAGACCAGGAUCCGGUCGAUACUGCCACGAUGGCCCGCUUCCGACGGCGACCUGAAGUUGUUCAGGCCCCCUUCGGCGCUGCAGGGGCCUGCGAUGGCCGAGUUGCUGGAGGAGAAGGGCUACUUGUCUGUUCUGGGCGAUGUCUACGCCGAUGACGUGCACAUCGCCGACACAGAUUUCCACACCAGGCUGAUCGUCAACGCCGCGUGCGACGGUAGCAUCGUGGUGCUCCACGUGACCAACGUUGAGGCCCCGAGGCAGACGUUGGCAAUCGUGCGCAGCAUCGUCCCCCAGCUGAGGAGCCUCGGCUUCCGCUUCGUGACGUUGUCGCAGCUUCUCGCCGCCGAGCGCCGCGACCUGCCGCUGUGCUGCUUCAGCCCGCCCGUGGUCGCGUGCGUCCUGGCGGCAGGGGCCUCGCUCCUCGCCGCCUCUGCGGUGCUGGCCGGCCGUGUGCUCCGGGUCUCCCUGUGGCUCCUGGGGUGCCUCGGCACCGAAGCCCUCCGUGGCUGGGGGCACUGCCCGAGAGGGCGCCGCCACCAGGCCGGGAGCACUUCCCGCGCGCCGCGGCCCGGAGCACUGCUCCUGGGCGCGGCCUCGGAACCGGCCGACGGUGUCCAGGCGCGGCCGAGCUCGGGCAGGGCAUCCGAGCUCGGCUCGCUGGAAAGCGGGUGACGUAGUCGGCACAGCGCGCCCAAUUUGUAGACUGGGACGACCGGCGGAAGGCGGGAAAACAGCUGUGCGGCGCUACUGCCCAUGGUGAUGUGACCUGGCGCGCAUUCCCACGCGCAGAAAAAUACGUCUGCUCGGCCAGUCGGGAUCACCGCGCAAGAAAAAACGCAUCCAGACGUUCUGGACGUUUCUUCAUUGUUACUUGCUUCUGGUUGUUUCUGCGUUGCGGUUGGUGUUUGCAAUUGCUUUUUUACGCAGCGUUUUCUCGUAAGGUUGCAGCCUUGCCACUUGCAGCGCGCUUCCCUUGGGGAUUCCCUUCGAUGUUUCCCUUCGAUGUGCUUGCGCGAGGCCGAGUGGUGAUCAUGCACGGCAUUGCCCGUUUGCCACGACGCUCGCGAUAGCUGUUCAGGAGAGUUCUCAUUAGCAGCAAUGUGGUCGCUGCGGCAUUGCGGCACUAUGUUUGAGGCGGCGCGUAAGGCCCCUUUCGCCUGCCAUUUGCGCGUGUCUUGCAUGUGCGGGCUGCCCCUGCGCAGCGAUCCUUCGCGCAGCGUGAUUGCGCCGAUUUUGCAGGACGAUUCGCUCGAUCAUGCGGGCAGAACGCCUCUGCGUGUCGACGCCUCCUGUAGCGUCUAGCAUACCGCCAAGCUUGUUCCUGGGUACGCGGGCCCCCCCUGUUGGCUGCGCGCCAAUCAUUCGGAAGGUUGUUCUGUUUGUUUUGUCCAGCGCCUGUGCUUGCCACGUUUUUGGGGCCGUUGGUCACGUGUUGCUACUUUGCCUUCCCUCUCCUCUAUUCGCAUUAUGUUCUGUUGGUUCUUCACUGCGCGCAUCUCACAGUGGAGGGCCUGGUCGGACCGUGGAGGGCGCGGCUUCGUUGACAAAGCAUAUGCGCUGCGGUUGCGCGAAGAAAAUAUAGCUUUUGCGUUAUUCCGCGCGCCGCGGUUGCGCAACUUUCAGCGUGGCGACUUUCGGGAAACGUCGUUUCGG